AACAGCUGAUACGUUCAUGAUGCAAAGCACUCCGCCAAAAUCUUCGAAUAUUUUUUUGUCGGCAUGAAACUUGGAAAAAUGAGUUAAUAUCCUUCCUCUCAGAACUUGCAAGAAUGUCGAAAGGAAGUAAUUCCUCCUCGAACAUCGACAAGCUGAUGCGAAACACGCUGAAGAAUGUCUUCAAGCACCAAAAAUUCAAGAGCAAAACGCAAGAGCAGGCGAUCAGGACCAUUUUGCAAGGCAAAAAUGACGUCUUUGUGUCCAUGCCGACCGGCUCGGGCAAGUCGCUGUGCUUCCAACUUCCUGCCGUCGCGCGUGCAGACAAAAUCACCAUCGUCUUCUCGCCUCUGCUGGCCCUCAUGAAGGACCAGUUGGAUUUUUUAAAUGAGAGGAAAAUUGACGCGCGGACGAUCAACAGUAAAAUGACGAGCGUUGAGAGGAACGCCGUCCUGAUGGACCUGAGGAGUGUCAAGCCAAGCACACGGCUCCUCUACAUCACCCCUGAACAGGCCACAACCGACACAUUCAGGGAGUUGGUGCAGAAGCUUUACAAAAGUGAGAAACUGGGCAGUUUCGUGGUGGACGAGGCGCACUGCGUGAGCCAGUGGGGCCAUGAUUUUCGACCGGACUACCUGAAACUGGGCCGACUCCGCCAGCUGUGCCCUCGCGUCCAGUGGGUCGCCGUCACCGCCACCGCUGGAAAGAAUGUCCAGAAAGACAUUUACGAGCAGCUCAAACUGCAGAACCCUGCGGCGUUCAGGGUGUCCUGCUUCCGGAGCAAUUUAUUUUACGACGUCGUCUUCCCGGACACCAUGGAGGGCCAGGAACUGGCUGAUUUGGUCGAUUUCAUGGAUUGUGCGGCUGAGGAUGGCGACCGAGCCAGCGGAAUCAUCUACUGCCGCACGAGGAACCAGACCGAGGAAUUAGUCUGUCGGUUAGGCUCCGUCGGCGUGUUCGCGCUCGCCUACCACGGAGGCCUGAAAGACAAGGAGAGAAUCAGGGUGCAAGACGAUUGGAUGCAGGAGAAAUGCAAAGUGAUCGCGGCGACUGUCAGUUUCGGCAUGGGCGUCGACAAGGCCAACGUCAGGUUCGUGGUGCAUUGGGGCCUGCCGCAGAACGUGGCCGGCUACUACCAGGAGUCGGGUCGAGCGGGGCGCGACGGCCGGCCUGCGCGCUGCCGCAUUUAUUAUUCGCGGCAGGAGCGAGACGCGGUCACGUACCUGCUGCAGAAGGCGCUCUCGGAGCAGACCAAGGAGAUCAAAAAGCGGCAGGCCAAGGCGGCCAUCGACAGCUUCCAGUGCAUGGUCCAGUACUGCGAAAACUCCAAAUGUCGACAUUCUGUGUUUACUGAUUUUUUUGGUGACGAUCCGCCGGAAUGCGUGGAUAAAUGCGACUGCUGCGUUAACGCCAAGGCUGUGGAGAAGAAAAUCACGGAUUUUCGCAUGAAGAGCGUCAAAACUGGCGGCGGCAUCGGCAAGGCGGACUCGUACGACGCUGAUUUGUACGGCGGAGGCAGAGCCGGACAAAAGAGGGAGACGGAUGAGUACAACUCAAGCGUUUCUUACGAGUCGAGCAACGAAGGAACGGCCAAGUCGGCCAUGAGCAGCUUGAUCGGCAAGCAGUUUGCGAUGCGCAAGGCGCCGCACUCGAUCAGCGCCAGGGAGCCGCUGCCUGCUGACUGCACCAACGGCUCCAGCAGGGUCAGGGCGGCCGCUAGCACCGUCACCAAGAUCAACGGCCUCACCGUCCAGUCGAGGGAAAUGUACCUGUCGCUGGUGGAGGAGGCGCUGAAGAAGAACAGCGACUUGUGCCACGAAGGCCCGGAGGCGAGGCCGGACGAAAAGACGAUCGGACAAAUUGCUGUGCAAUUGGAGUACCAGGCCUUCAGCUCCAACAAAGUGGCUUCCAUCUACAGAAAAAUGCUCAUGGACAUGAUGUCAAAAAUAAAGAAAAACACAUCGAACCUGUUGGCCGACCCGAGUCUGCAGACGCGCGUCGAGACGAAAGAAGAGCCGCUGGCGAGAACUGCGCCGGUGGAAAUCAAGACCGCAACUCAGGUUCUCGCCGAGCGGACCAAAAAAUCGGAGAACGGCUACACGAGCGCGUCGAAACUGCUUCCGAAGGAGCCCUCGGGGGCGGAGGCGAAUAAGAAGCCCGUCGAGAGCGGCAGGAAAACGAACAAGCCGGGCAAGGACAACAAGCAGCAGCUGUCCAUCGUCAGUUUUUUCGAGCCGAAAGCAGCUCAGGGGAAAAAGGAGGCCAAGCCGCAGGAGAAGAAGCGGAAAAUGGCGGCGGUUCAGGUGGAGCUGGCGAGCAAGAAGAGCAAACAAAGCGGCAGCUCGCCGAGCAAAGCUGUUCUUGCCGAGAGAAUUAUCAAACUGCUCAAUCCGCACUACAAGACUGGCAAAAUCAAGUCCAAGGAGGCCUUCAAGAAGAUUGCCCGCAUCCUUUCCCACCACCUCUCGCAGCAAAAUACAACAGAUGAGGAGACGCUGCAAGCAACCGUCUUUUCGUAUUUGGACCAAAAGAAGGAGUUCCGAACGGAAAAAGACGUUUUCGAUCUGUGAAUUCAUUGUGUUAAAAGUGUUUCUAGAAAAAACCUUGUUGUGCGCCUGUCUCAUAUGGACGCUCUCUCAUUUCUUUGUUGGAAAUCAAAUACAUUUGCAUCAUUAUUAAUUUAACAAAUCA